GAGAGAGAAAUAGAGGAAUAUUAGAUAGCCUAUUGAAGUAUACUGGCGGUGGAAAUGGCCUCGUUCCGGGGGUUUUCUUUUGUGAUCACGGUCAUCGUCAUGGUGGUUCUAGGUCGUUGCUGCGGCGGAGGACACGGCGAGGUUCUUGGUCCGCCGGAAGAAUUGGGCAUCUGUGCUUCUGCGGUAACCAUUCAUGGCUAUAAGUGUCAAGAAAUUCAGGUUACGACCAAAGAUGGAUACAUUUUGAACGUGCAAAGAAUCUCAGAAGGUCGCCGUGAAAGUAGUGGUGGAAUCAAGAAGCAACCGGUCAUCAUACAACACGGUGUUCUUGUGGACGGAGAGACAUGGCUACUGAAUUCGCCGGAGCAAAACCUGCCAAUGAUUCUUGCGGAUAAUGGGUAUGACGUUUGGAUUGCAAACACUCGAGGCACUCGGUUCAGCCGCCGCCACAACUCUCUAAACGCCGCCGACCGGGCCUUCUGGAAUUGGUCUUGGGACGAGCUCGUCGUCUAUGAUAUCCCCGCCGUUUUUGACCAUGUUUCUCAACAAACUGAUCAGAAGAUCCACUACGUCGGCCAUUCCCUAGGAACAUUGCUAGUACUAGCCUCAUUGUCGGAAGGAAAGUUGGUGAACCAGUUGCAGUCGGCGGCGUUCUUGAGCCCCAUCGCAUAUCUCAGCCAUAUGACCACCAUUGUUGGAGCCUUGGCUGCUCGAUCGCUCCUCCCCGAGAAAGUUACUGCGUUGUUGGGUAUUGCAGAGUUCAAUCUAAAAAGGAAGGAAGUGGAGACCAUUCUGAAAGUUUUGUGUACUCAUCCAGGAGUCAAUUGCUAUGAUUUGUUAACUGCAAUUACUGGACGUAAUUGUUGUCUCAACUCAUCUACGAUUCAACUCUUUCUCGAGAAUGAACCUCAAUCAACAUCGACAAAGAACAUGGUUCACUUGGCUCAAACUGUUAGAACUGGAGUAUUAGCAAAAUACAACUAUGGGAGGGUAGAUUACAACCUGAUGCACUAUGGAGAUAUCCAUCCCCCAGUAUACAAUCUCUCGAACAUUCCACACAACCUCCCCAUUUUCAUCAGCUAUGGGGGUCGAGAUGCACUCUCCGAUGUGCGAGACGUCGAGCGCCUCCUCAACCAUUUCAAGCUCCACGAUGUAGACAAGCUCGCCGUCCAGUUUGUCCAAAAGUAUGCCCAUGCUGAUUACAUUAUGGGGGUUGAUGCCAACAGCAUUGUUUACAAUCCUCUCGUUGCCUUCUUUAAGAAGCAUGGUUCGGCCUAAAUCGAGGCUGGUUUCUCUGUUAUCAAUGGUGUUGGUUUGAACUUUCGGAAGAAUGAUAUCACAAAGAACCGGGGUUCAUAUGGCUCUAGCGAGAAGCCAGAAGAGUUUGGACCUCUGUGUUCUGUAACGUUAAAUUACUGUUUUGUCUUUCAUAAUAUGUAAGCUUUCAAAGAAUGCAAUAGCUAAUAAUUUGUAGCUCAAGCACAUUUUUUUCAAUCUCAUGUGGAUGUGGGUUGGUUGAUGGUGUUGAG